GAAAACAUGUCAUGAGUGGCUUUAGUGCGACUUUUGUGAUAUUUUCAGCGCCUCCGCUUAAAAUACUGGGCGCAUGUAGAUUUAAGCAAAAUCCUUGCCAGCACCCAAUAAUAAUCUUGCGAGAUGUGGCAUUUGUGGACAUGUCUGCACUUCUCAGUUUUGUGUAUCAAGGGGAGGUUUAUGUAUCUCAGGACAGACUCACAACUUUCUUACGCACAGCUGAGAUGCUUCACAUAAAGGGACUGACGGAACAGAAUCAACAGCAAUCUCAUUUAGCAGCACAUCAACUUCAAAGAGAUCAGGGAGGGUUAGUAAACAAGGUGGUGAGCAGCCUAGGUUCUAUAGCAGUUCAAGGUCCGUCCUCACCACGCUUGAGAUCUACACCUUCGCCAACCAGUCAUGUAUUACAGCAACCGUCCCAUAUCUCACCACCACCUAAGAAACGGCGCCCAGCCAGCAGUCCCACCCUCAACUUGCCACUAUCCACCGCAGCACCUUCUACUCCACCCCGCUCAGAUGUACCUCCAGCCCGUAUAGAGCUUAGCCCUCACCUGGAAGGCUCAACCUUGGCAGCAGCCCUCACAAAACCACUUAAUGCUACCAGCCAACGAGGAGAUAGUACCCCACGGGGUUCACAGCCUCCACCCUCUGCACAGUUACCCCCUCCCCCUCUGUUACCAGCACCCCUACCCGCUCCAGAUGUGCCAAAGGUAAAGCAGGAGGAUGAGGGAGAGGGGACAGGGGGAGAAGAGGAUGGUGUAGGACCAGACCAGGCUGUGAACCUUGUGACAGAAGGGUCAAUUUUGAGGCAACGCAUCCAGGGUUAUCAGGGUAGCUGUGAGACACCCUCAACUCUGCCCCCCCCUGCCACCACCAGCAGUAGUACACGGCCAUCACAAGCACUCAUCCACCCGCAUACCCUUAAAGAUGACUCACAAAGUGAUGAUACAAACCUGGGGGAUGUGGGGGUAGAGAUGGGAGAUAGCGGGAGUGGGGAGAAGGAGGCUCUAGCAAGUCCACCACCCAUGGUGAUCAGACCACCACUCAUGGGCCUUCUACCCAGGGAAGCUACAGGGUUAUACACGGGUCCAGGAACGUCAGGGUCUUUAAGUCAACAUGACUCUUCUCAAGGUAAGAAAAGGAAAGAGAUUUUCUAUUGUAAUGCAGCCACAAAUUUUACAUUUGGCAUUUGUUUAAAAAAAAAUGUCACGUGUAUGAAAAUAAAUUUUCUCACAUAGGAGCCUAUUUCCUGAAUCAUUGGGUAUUAUGUUGUGUUGUAAAAUCUAGAUUGAGGUGUGUGAGGCGAUAGGCAGG